AUGCCGAACAAAUUUGGCAUAAAAUCUUGGUUAACUUCCGACGUAAGUAGUAAAUAUACGGUGAACGGCUUUCCAUAUUUCGGAAAAGAUGAAGAGAGAGAAUCACCAAUUCCACUUGGAGAGUUUAUAGCUUUUAAAUUAGCAGAACCAUAUACGGGGUAUGGAAGAAAUAUAACAGUUGACAAUUUUUUUACAAGCGCGUCACUAGUGAGUAAACUUCUAGCAAAAAGAACUACGCUUGUUGGAACUAUCCGGAGAAAUAAAAAAGAGCUACUAAAUUUAGCAAAACAGGCAAAGAAUGGUAUGACAAAAUUCUUAACAAUAUUAUACAAAUCGAAAGAUUUCAUUUUUACAACUUAUAAAUCUAAACUUAAUAAAAAAGUAUUUUACUUAGUUUAA